AUAUAUAGACAGGUAGAAGAUCUGAUCAGCUCCAGACAUCAGCAAAAUGGCUAAAUUGCUAUGGACUUACAUUUCUUGCUUCUGCAUUUUUCUGACAGCUGUCAACAGCCAAGCUCCGGCAGGUUCGCCUCCGGCGACACCAUCCACAGCUCCACCGCCAACAAGCCCUGUCGCAGCAUCACCGCCACAAGCAGCAACCCCGACUGCAGCUCCUCCAGCCACCCCUGCCGCAGCAACGCCACCACCAGCAGCAUCAACACCUCCAACCACCGCGCCGCCUGUCUCGUCACCACCACCCACCUCAGCAGCCACCCCAUCCACUGCGCCAUCAGUCUCCCCCACCACACCACCACCAAAUCCACCUGUAUCAACCCCUGCUCAACCGCCAGCAUCGCCACCACCUUCACCAGUCAGUUCUCCACCAGCACCACCACCGGCAGUGCCUCCUCCUAAAGCCUCCCCGGCACCAGCACCAGCCCCGCCAGUAAAAGCACCCGCCCCAGCACCAGUGCCACCACCGCCACCACCACCAGUCCCCGCCCCGGCCCCAUCCAUUGCAUCGCCAGUGCCAGCUCCUGCACCGAGCAAGCACAAGAAGAGGAAACACAAGCACAAGCACCACCAUGCUCCGGCACCAGCGCCGACAGUUCAAAGCCCUCCGGCGCCCCCUACAGUGCAAGAUACAGAGGAAACUACACCGGCGCCGUCUCCGACUCUAAAUUUGAACGGAGGCACGUCGAUCGAUCAGAAUGGAAGAACUAAGAUGCAAGUCACUGCUGGAGUUGCAUUGGUAGCCUUCUGGGCUAUCUCUAUCUCCAGCUUGUGUUCUUGAAAUUGUACCAGACAUGAUCAAGUUUCCUACAUAUACUUACACGCACAUACGCACAGAAUGGAAACAUUUUGAAUGAGAGAGAGGUGUAUUGACAUACACCAGAGCAUCACUGCAUUUUUAACCACUAUUUUAUUCUUCCCUUAUAUAUGACAUUGUUUUAUUUAAAUAGAAGAGGAGAUCUUAAUUUUUAUUAUUCAAUAUUUGUGGUAUCUAAUAAUUUAUUUAUUUAAUAAAGUGUCGCAUUGAAUUAUUAUUUCA